AUGGUAAACAGAAUAGAAACACACACCGCGGAUUCAGUGAAGAUUACCACUCCCAAUGGAUUUUCCUACGAACAACCCACCGGUCUGUUCAUCAACAAUGAGUUUGUGAAGGCUCAUAGUGGUAAACCAUUAAAGGUCGAAAAUCCUUCGACUGAAGAAUUGAUCGUUGAAGUCGAAUCUGCCUCAUCUGAUGAUGUAAAUUACGCUGUAGACUGUGCGGAAGCUGCGUUUAACUCGAGCUGGGCUACCUGCGACCCAAGGGAGAGAGCUAGUUACCUUUUUAAAUUGGCCGACUUGAUCGAGGAAAGAAAAGAGCUGAUUACCUCCAUUGAAUGCAUGGACAAUGGUAAAGCGUUAGCCCUAGCUCGGGCAGAUGUGGAGUUAGUUAUUCAGUAUUUCAGAUUUGCCGCUGGAUAUGCUGACAAAAUUGGUGGUAGAACCAUCAAUACAGGUGAAAAUUACGUCAACUACACAUUGAGAGAACCAGUUGGUGUUUGUGGGCAGAUCAUUCCAUGGAACUUCCCCAUCAUGAUGCUUUCUUGGAAACUUGCUCCAGCCCUGGCUGCUGGUAACACGGUUGUUUUGAAGCCUGCCUCUUCAACACCCUUGAGCGCUUUAUACUUCGCUUCCCUAUGUAAGGAGGUCGGCAUUCCAGCUGGUGUUGUGAACAUUGUCCCUGGUCCUGGAAGAUCUGUUGGUGACACGAUUACGAACCACCCCAAGAUCAGAAAGGUUGCCUUCACUGGUUCCACCGAAAUUGGUAGAGACAUUGCUGUCAAAGCUGCGCAGUCAAACUUGAAGAAAGCUACCUUGGAAUUGGGUGGUAAAUCUGCACACAUGGUUUUCGAUGACGCUAACCUUGAAAAGACUUUGCCAAACUUGGUCAACGGUAUUUUCUUGAACGCUGGUCAAAUCUGCUCGUCUGGCUCUAGAAUUUAUGUCCAGGAAGGAAUUUAUGACAGACUGCUAACAAGUUUUAAGAAGUACAUUGAAGAAAACAUCAAGGUUGGAUCACCUUUUGAUGAGUCCAACUUCCAAGGUGCCAUCAACAACAAGCCUCAAUUCGACACCAUUUUGAAUUACAUCAAGAUUGGUCAAGAAGAGGGUGCUAAGGUGCUAACUGGUGGCUCUAGAAUAGGUGAGAAGGGCUUCUUCGUAAAACCUACCGUUUUCUACGAUGUAACCGAGGACAUGAGAAUUGUAAAGGAAGAGAUUUUCGGACCGGUCGUCACAAUUUCCAAGUUCAAAGAUAUUGAAGAUGGUGUGGCUAUGGCUAACGAUUCGGAAUAUGGUCUAGCUGCUGGUAUUGAAACCGAAAGUCUCUCCACUGCAUUGAAGGUGUCCAGUAUGUUGAAGGCCGGUACAGUGUGGGUUAACACUUACAAUGAUUUUGACGCGUCAGUUCCUUUUGGUGGUUGCAAGCAAUCUGGAUACGGUAGAGAAAUGGGUGAGGAAGCGUUUGAGCCGUACACAUCAGUUAAGGCUGUUAGAAUAAAGCUCGACUAA